UUAUUUUCUCAGUGAGACUUCAACAACCGCACAUUGUGGCAAGUGCUAUUAAAGACAGAGAUCAAAAUAUUUUCACACUCACCUUCUUCUUCUCUAAUCUCUAUCACUUUUUCAUUCAUCAAAUGGAUAUCAUCUUCAACUUCCACUUCAAGUGCUUUACCAAAACUCUCAUCUUCCUCCUUCCUUGCUUUCUUUGUGUAUAUUCUCAAACCUCUCUAUUGCCCCCACUACCAUUAAUACCAGAUCUCUUAUCCUUCUUAGACAUCAGACUCGCCCUUAUUUACCCCAUUAUCCAAACCUUCAAGGACACCAUCACAUCUGAUCCCUUAGGCAUCACCAGCACUUGGGUUGGAUCCGAUGUAUGCAACUACACAGGCUUUUACUGUGAUCACCCGCCUGACAAUGAAUCUGCCAUCGCCCUCGCCUCCAUCGACCUCAACGGAUUCCGCCUUGAAGCCCCGACUCUGGACGGCUUCCUCGAUCGGCUACCGGAUCUUGCUCUCUUCCAUGCCAAUACCAAUCAAUUUGCUGGCUCUUUACCAGAAAAACUUUCAAAGCUCCCAUUUUUGUAUGAGCUAGACGUAAGUAACAAUAAACUUUCUGGUUCUUUUCCGCAGGAAAUUCUUCAGAUGAGUUCCCUGUCGUUUUUGGAUCUUCGUUAUAAUUUCUUUUCAGGGCCAGUCCCUCCAGGAAUUUUCUUGUUAAAGCUAGAAAUACUCUUCCUCAAUAACAAUAAUUUCUGGGGAAAUCUCCCGGAUUCUCUCGGCUCUACACCGGCGAGAUAUCUCACCUUAGCUAACAACAAAUUCACCGGCCCAAUACCAAGGACCAUCGGCAGUGCAGCUUCAACGUUACAGGAAGUUUUGUUCUUGAAUAAUCUACUCUCAGGCUGUCUCCCUUAUGAACUAGGGUUCCUGAAAGAAGCUACAGUUAUUGAUGCAAGUCAUAAUUUAUUAACUGGUCCAUUGCCAUUGUCGUUGGGGUGUUUGCGGAAGAUAGAGCAGCUCAACUUCGCCGGAAAUUUACUCUACGGAGAGGUGCCUGAAGUGCUGUGUACAGUGGGAAAUUUGUUGAAUUUAUCUUUGUCAAAUAAUUAUUUCACUAAAGUUGGACCGUCGUGCAAGAAGCUGAUCAAUAGUGGGAUUCUAGACGUGACAAGCAAUUGUAUUGCUGAUCUUCCUAAUCAGAGAUCGGCGAAGGAAUGUGCAGCGUUCACUUCGCGGCCUAGGAAUUGCUCGCGCCCUGAAACGUUUAAAGCGAUUCCUUGCAAUGUUACGCCAGUGAGCAAUCCUCAAACAAGAGGGAAGAAAAAUUCAGUAGCUUAUGGCGCUCUCGUAAGACACAGAGUACCUUGAGGUUUCUUUUUAUUAGACUGUAAUUUUUAACCAAAAAAUUUAGUAGUAUAUAGAGAAAAAAAAUAAUAGAAGCAUGUUAAUCUU